AUGUUAACAUCAGAUGUUAAAGAUGUUAACCAUCAGAUGUGGAGAGCACAAAAAAAAGGAAACUUAUUAGUAUCAUUUUGUUUCUCAGGUAUUUCCACUCAUACAGAAGUGUCUCCUGUAACAACCCAUUCAAAGACAUCUGGAUCAUUCACUCUCAACGUUGCAGCUGACUCAGACUUACCCAAAGGAAAUGCCCAGCUCUCUUGCCUGCCUACCGGCAUCCGCGCCAUCAUCGACAGAGGCUACCUCCGAAAGCUGGGAUACUCCUCGUGGAAUGUCCAUUUGAAUGACGCAUCGUGUAGGCCCAAGGUUACAAAGAACUACGUGGUUUUCAACAUACCCUAUGGUCACUGUGGCACUGUAAAACAGGAAAGAAAAGGCUUGACCAGCUAUUCCAACUCCAUCAAAAACAGGAUCCAACCCAGUCAGAUGAUCUUAAGGCAAAAGGUUCCACAACUGCACCUCACUUGCCACGUGGACCAGACAUCUGUGAUGGAAGCAGCAUUACAGGUCGACGGUCGGGGGAGAAACCAGCAGAUUGGGCCCACAGACUAUGACGUGUCCAUCUCCUUCUUUGAAUCGCCAGCUUUCUGGGGUCCCGGGAGCCAGACCCACUACUAUGCUGGCCGAAGGAAAGAUGUUUUCCUCCAAGCCACCCUCCACACUCCUGAUCCAAACCUGGUCAUAUCUGUGGACACGUGUCUCGUCUCUCCAGAUGCCACGGAUUUUACAACUGUGAAAUAUUACUUAAUCCAGGAAGGGUGCAUCAAGGACCAUACCUAUACUAAUUUCAACUCCCGUCUCAAGAACAUUGCACUGUUCAAAUUCAACACCUUCAACUUCCUCAACAACUAUGAUGUGGUUUAUCUGCAGUGCAAGAUUGUGGUGUGUCGGGCUGGAGAUUACUUUUCACGCUGCUACAAGGGCUGUGUAGGUCACAGAAAAGAAGAGACAAGCUCUAAGAAAGAGAAGGAUUUCAAAAUUGUGGGGCCGGUAAAGAUUCAGAAAGGCGUCCUUAAGGGUACGGAUCGAGAGUGACCCUCCAUCCUAUUGGUUUCUCUCCUCUACUCAUAUAUAUCAGCUUUAAAUCAAAAGCGGAAGGUUUUUCACCUCUGAAAAUGAAUUCUGUAUAUUGGUUUCAUUUAAGGAAAUGGAUUAGAAUGAUGGUAUUUGGUAAUUGCUUACUAUGUAUCAAGCAUUGUCCUAAGCGCAGAGAAUAAAGAAAGCGGUGAAGAUUCUUUCCUUGAGAUAAUUGCAAAACUAAUGUCCUUGUUAUAGUCUUAAAAUUCCAAAUCCUUCACUAGUUAAUCCACUAAUUUAUCCACAGUCCAGAAAUUCUACAUUUAACCUACCCUUAACCUCACCUAUUUAAUUCAGAAUGUGUGAAACUCAGGCACAGAAAUUGAUCUUUUGCCUCAUUUUGAAGAGAUUCUCCAAGAAAGUGCCACUGUGAUGCAGUUCUAGUUAACAAAUUAUUAAGUAAAUUCUGUCCAAUGACAUUCCUGAUUCACACAAUCACCUGCCAUUAUGCUUGGAGCAUAUUAUUGUCGUUAGCCCUUUACUAGGGGGAGCAAUUAUUUUCAGCUCAGGGAACGCCUCUGACUGAUUCUUCUGAAGGGAACAGUAUGAAAUGGACCGGAGUCCCAAAGUCUCAACGCCCUACGUACUAAGAUCCCAUCUGCACAUCAGCUCAUUCCUCCCCAAGAUCCCUGUUAGCAUUCCAGGAACCUAAAAAGAAAUUACCAUGUUUUAACAGCUCUUUCUUAGGAAAGAAUUCAGUUCGGUAAAGAAAUUCACUGCGUGUGAGAGAACAUAUCCCUAUCCCAGCUUUUUACUGAUUCAAGGGAUUAAAGUCAGAUGAAAGGCGAAUUCCCAAUUUUACGUUUCCCUGAAAUCAGGUAGCAAACAAUAUUUUUGCAUUUCAAGCAAAUCGCUAUCUACCUAGUCCCAUCCGUGUUUUCCGGUGAGCUCCAUGGAAAGGGUGGAGGGUUGUUUCUUUUAGACUCCUUUUCCUCUUCCACUUUUUCAGAGGGCGUGAAUGAGCUGUAGCCACCACCAGCUGAGUGGUGCUCUACCCCCAGAGUCCUUCUAAGCAGUGCGUAAAACUCAAACGGAAAAAAAAAGGAGAAAGGCUAAAUAAAGGCACGUUGACAAGGAAUAUUUCUGUUUGUUAUAUUAUACUCUCCCAAACUUGGUAUAAUGCUUUGCACACAGUAAGCACUUAAUAAAUUCGAGUGAAUGAAUGAAUGAUUUCACAAUUUGCAGUUUCCCUUGAGGGAUGCCAAAGCUAAUUAACUAAUGGGAUAGUUAAGUGUAAAUGCAAUAUGCAAAUGAGAAGCACAAAUACUUGUGAACAAACGAGCCUAUUUGUUUACAUGCAUCUCUGAUCUUAGUUCCUACAAUUUUUCUUCAAUUGUUUGGGGU